AUGACGGCCGCAAGAAAUCCCGGGAUAGUACCUAGGAACACGAGGCCGCCAGAAGCGGAGAGCGUAUCGAGUUCUCUUACAUCAAUGGAGUGGGUCAAUAGUGCAACCCCCGAUUUGAAGUUACCUAGGACUAAGGAUGUCUUUGUCAACGGCUACACCAUACGAGUGAAGUACUGCGACACUUGUCUUUUGUACCGCCCACCGCGCGCUUCUCAUUGCUCCAUAUGCAAUAAUUGCGUCCAGAGAUUCGAUCACCACUGCCCCUGGGUGGGACAGUGUAUUGGAGUCGUAAGUUUGCUUAUCCUCGACGAGUAUUCGUAUAAUUUAUCUUCUUUGGUGUUGAUUUUGGUGCAGAGAAAUUACCGGACUUUCAUCUUAUUUGUGUCGACGUCAACGCUCUUGUGCUUGUACGUUUUCACGUUUUCUUUGUUGGACCUCCUUAAAGAACCGGGCCCUGUAUUGAGAACUAUGUCCGAGGAUGUCAUAUCGGUUAUCCUAGUAUUUUACUGCUUCAUUUCGGUUUGGUUCGUCGGCGGGCUUAGCGUCUUCCAUUUAUAUCUUAUGUGCACUAAUCAGACGACGUACGAGAACUUCCGAUACCGUUACGACAAGAAGGAAAAUCCGUACAAUCGAGGGAUGGUAAAGAACCUCAAGGAAAUAUUUUUCUCCAAGACGGUGCCUUCCUUGGUCAACUUCCGCGAGUGGGUGACGGAAGAAGACGAUUUGUUUGCGGAGUCGAUAACUAGAAAAUUCGGGGGUGAAAUCAUCAAACCGAACGGGAAGAUAAUCGACCUAGAGCUCGGUUUACAUGGCAAGGAUGGAAAGGCGGUUCCGAAUAUUCUGCAGAAUUUGGAUUAUAGUGGGAUUGAUGAAAGCUUGAAGAAAGAUAAAGGUGGCAAAAUUAGUAGUGAUCCUUAUUUCUUUCAUUCCGACGACAAAGAAGGCAAGUAUGGUGUCGAAGAUAGUGUCGUAGAUGAUGAUGACUGUGGGACCGACGUCGGUUCUCAGCGAACAUCGUCUGCAGUUCUUCGGAGAUAAUUAAGGUAAUUAAUUAAUUAAUUAA